CCUUCCCUUCCCUUCCCUUCUCCUUUCUAACAUACAACGCAUGCCAUUGUUGAUCAAGAUUAGUGGGUUCUAAACCCAAGUCAUUAUUCUUCCAAGUGAUUCAUCCAAAUUGGAUUCUGGCGAUGUUUCUCAGUGAAUUAGCUUCAAAAUAGGGUGGUUUUCCAGCCUAGGGUCUCCAUCAAAUAAGAAGCCUUGACUGCCACUUCAAGAAUCGGUCUUCAUAUGCAGGAAAUGUAAUCAUCUAAAGCUUACUAAAGCUUAAAGCCUGGAGGUGUAUGUGUUCAUGUCAAUCUUGUUAAGGAGACAAAAGAAAAGGCCAUUGAAAAGAUUUAGAAAUUGAAUAGACAAUGGACUCUCUGUCAAGCACUGCAUCAAAAAAGGCCAUACGUAGCCCAGGAGGGUCUUCUGGUUCCCAGAACAAUCGUAAUUCCAAUGGGCAAACUGUGAAAUUUGCGAGAAGAACUUCAAGUGGGAGAUAUGUGAGUCUGUCCAGAGAUGAUCUUGAUAUGUCUGGCGAAAUACCAGGAGACUACAUGAACUACACGGUUCACAUUCCUCCAACACCAGACAAUCAACCGAUGGACACCUCUGUGGCUGUCAAGGCAGAAGAGCAAUAUGUCUCGAAUUCCCUUUUCACAGGGGGGUUCAAUAGUGUGACUCGUGCCCAUCUCAUGGACAAGGUGAUUGAAUCUGAAGUGACUCAUCCUCAAAUGGCUGGAGCCAAGGGCUCUGCAUGUUCCAUGCCUGCUUGUGAUGGCAAGGUCAUGAAGGAUGAGAGAGGAGUUGAUGUCACCCCUUGUGCAUGCAGGUUCAAAAUCUGCAGAGAUUGCUAUAUGGACGCCCUGAAGGAUACUGGUUUAUGUCCAGGGUGCAAGGAGCCAUAUAAGAUGGGAGACUAUGAUGAUGAUGUGCCAGACUUUUCAAGUGGAGCACUACCAUUGCCAGCUCCGGAUGACCCAAAAGGAAAUAUGUCAGUGAUGAAGAGGAACCAAACCGGAGAGUUUGAUCACAACAGGUGGUUGUUUGAGACAAAGGGAACAUAUGGCUAUGGCAAUGCAUUCUGGUCGCAAGAUGGUGGGGACGAGAGGGAUGAAGAGUUCCAGGGAGGUGUUAUAGAAACUAUGGACAAGCCAUGGAAGCCUCUCAGCAGGAAAAUGCCCGUCCCUGCAGCCAUCCUCAGCCCUUACAGGUUGCUGAUUGCUGUUCGAUUUGUGGUGCUGGGUUUCUUCUUGACAUGGAGACUGAGGCAUAAAAACGAGGACGCCAUCUGGUUAUGGUUUAUGUCCGUGAUAUGUGAAUUGUGGUUUGGCUUCUCAUGGAUCCUGGAUCAGGUCCCUAAGCUAUGUCCCGUCAACCGUUCCACUGACCUCCAGGCCCUCUGGGACAAAUUCGACAUGCCCUCCCCGACCAACCCCACUGGCCGCUCUGACCUCCCAGGCGUGGACAUGUUUGUGUCCACCGCUGAUCCUGAGAAAGAGCCUCCUCUCGUCACUGCCAACACUAUUCUUUCCAUCCUAGCAGUUGAUUAUCCUGUGGAGAAGAUCGCUUGUUACAUAUCCGACGAUGGGGGUGCCCUCCUCACAUUCGAGGCCAUGGCGGAGGCUUGCAGCUUUGCUGAUUUGUGGGUUCCCUUUUGCCGGAAACAUGAUAUUGAGCCAAGGAAUCCUGAGAGCUACUUCAGCAUAAAGGGAGACCCCACCAAGAACAAGAGCAGGUCUGAUUUUGUGAAGGAUAGGAGAAAGAUCAAGAGGGAGUACGACGAGUUCAAGGUGAGGAUCAAUGGCCUGCCGGACUCGAUCAGGAGAAGAUCAGAUGCCUUCAAUGCGAGAGAGGAGAUGAAGAUGUUGAAGCACAUGAGGGAGAGCGGAGGGGACCCUAUGGAGCCGAUUAAGGUCCAGAAGGCUACCUGGAUGGCUGAUGGUACCCAUUGGCCUGGAGCUUGGGCGGUCCCUAGCAGAGACCACGCCAAAGGUGACCAUGCAGGGAUACUACAGGUGAUGCUGAAGCCACCCAGCAGUGAUGUGCUAAUGGGAGGAGCCGACGACAAGAUCAUCGACUUCACCGACGUAGAUAUACGCUUACCCAUGUUUGUGUACAUGUCGCGUGAGAAGCGACAAGGCUACGAUCAUAACAAGAAAGCAGGCGCCAUGAACGCCCUGGUGCGAUGCUCUGCAAUUUUGUCCAAUGGCCCAUUUAUUCUUAACCUGGACUGUGAUCACUACAUCUACAACUGCAAAGCCGUGCGUGAAGGUAUGUGCUUUAUGAUGGAUAGAGGCGGUGAAAGCAUCUGCUACAUUCAGUUUCCUCAGAGGUUCGAAGGCAUUGAUCCCUCCGACCGCUAUGCCAAUAACAACACUGUGUUUUUCGAUGGCAACAUGCGUGCCCUGGAUGGUGUGCAGGGACCUGUUUAUGUGGGGACCGGCUGCAUGUUCAGGCGGUUUGCGCUUUAUGGGUUUGAUCCACCGGAUCCUGACAAGGCUCAAAAGGUGGGCUCUGAGAUGCAAAACUUGGGGCCAAGUGAUUUCGACUCUGAUCUGGACGUGAACCUCCUGCCCAAGCGCUUUGGAAAUUCUACACUCCUGGCUGAGUCUAUACCUAUUGCUGAGUUCCAAGCCCGCCCCCUUGCUGAUCAUCCUGCCAUCAAGUAUGGACGCCGCCCCGGUGCUCUCAGGCAGCCGCGUGAGCCACUUGAUGCCUCCGCUGUGGCUGAGGCCGUCUCUGUCAUCUCUUGUUGGUAUGAGGACAAAACAGAGUGGGGUGACCGGGUGGGUUGGAUCUACGGCUCAGUCACAGAAGACGUGGUGACAGGCUACCGCAUGCACAACCGUGGCUGGCACUCUGUCUACUGCAUCACCAAGCGUGACGCCUUUCGCGGUUCAGCUCCGAUCAACCUCACAGACCGGCUCCACCAGGUGCUCCGAUGGGCCACAGGCUCCGUGGAGAUUUUUUUCUCUAGAAACAAUGCCUUUCUGGCCAGCCGCAGGCUCAAGUUUCUCCAGCGUCUGGCUUACCUUAAUGUCGGUAUCUACCCAUUCACGUCCAUGUUCCUAGUGGUUUACUGCUUCCUCCCCGCUCUCUCCCUUCUCUCCGGCCACUUCAUUGUCCAAACCCUAAAUAUAGCGUUUCUUUUAUACCUGCUGACAAUAUCCAUUUGUCUGAUUCUCCUAGCCAUCUUGGAGGUGAAAUGGUCAGGAGUGGGGUUGGAGGAUUGGUGGAGGAAUGAGCAGUUUUGGCUCAUCUCUGGAACCAGCGCCCACUUGGCUGCUGUGGUGCAAGGCCUUCUAAAAGUGAUUGCAGGGAUUGAAAUCUCUUUCACACUGACUUCCAAGUCUUCAGGAGAUGAGAAUGAAGACAUGUACGCAGAGCUGUAUCUUGUAAAGUGGACUUCAUUGAUGAUUCCACCGAUUGUGAUUGGGAUGAUGAAUAUACUGGCGAUUGCAGUCGCAUUUUCUAGGACAAUAUACAGUGCCAUCCCUCAGUGGAGUAAGUUCAUAGGUGGGGCUUUCUUCAGCUUCUGGGUGUUGGCUCAUUUGUAUCCUUUCGCCAAGGGGUUGAUGGGGAGGCGAGGGAAGACUCCCACAAUUGUGUUUGUCUGGUCUGGUCUCAUCGCCAUUACACUCUCCUUGCUCUGGAUUUCCAUCAACCCACCAAAAGGAGCCACUGCAGCAACUCUCAAUGGAGGCUUUCAAUUCCCAUGAGGGUGGAGCAGUUAAUGAAUUACAUUUCAGCAUAUCAUUUUUAACACAAAACUGAUGCACUCAACCACACAACUUUAUGGACAAACCCAGGGAACUUGUAAGUAAUUAAUGGGUCAGUGAAGCUGAUUGUGUCUAUCCCUUUUCUUUUCUUUUUUUUUUUAUGGCAUUAUAUAUAUGUUUCACAUUCUUGCAGAUGGGUGUUGAAGAAAAAUGAGGUAUGAGGUUUAUGAAGAAGGGUUUGUGAUGAGUGAACUUGAGAGUAGAGGGGAUAUUCAGUUGAUAAAAAGGGAAGAGAUGCAUGUAAUUCCAUGUACCUAAAAGCAUUGUUGUUGUGUAUGUACUAUGUAAGCAAUGACUCAUAUU